AGAUAUUUGUUGUAUAGUAUGUCUCCUGGCGCCUCAUCUAAACCCGAAUAUAAUGAUCACAUGAGCCCAGGAUGUGGAACAUGCUUCCGAGCGGCGGUGCUGGGGUCACUACUAGCUGUUGGUACGCCGGCUAAGGUGACUAGUGGGAAAAGGAGGAAGGAUAAGGAAGGCCAGCGUACUACUGCCAAGAAGUCGAUCGGAGAGGACACUACCACACUGGCCCCGUCUACUGUAACGGAUGGAUCUUAUCGAAAUGGAGCAUGUAUUACACCUAAGGGUGCGACAAGAUGUUUACAUGGUAUACGGGUUGAGCGUCAUUCGAGUAUGCCUGAGGUCAACGGCAGCAGUCCUACGUUAGUGUUGAGGCAUGCCGUGAGAGGAAUAUCGGCAGAAUUGUUCGAAUCAGAGGCCACACCGAUGACGGUGAAAUCGGACUUGAGAACUUUUCCGACUUUGAAAACACCCGCGCCAUCAGAAGGUGUUAUGAGAGAGCUCGAACUUGAGAUGCUGCGAGCAGUGCGGGCCGGGGAUCCUCUGCGUGUGGGGAAAAUUCUGGCGUGUGGUUGCCGGCCGAAUCCACAAGCAUCUCCGAGUGCGGGUUUCUUGAUGGAAUCGAGCACACCAGAGAUCUCCCUCCUUUUAUUAGAGGCUGGCGCUGAUGUUAAUGCAACGCGCCCGAGUGAUGGUGAAAGUGCUUUGAUGUUAGCAGUGCGGGCAGGGGAUGCCAGAAUGGUCCGUCUCCUACUUGAAUUUGGUGCUAAUCCGUCGGUUCGAAAUCGUCGAAACGAAUCACCGUUGAUACUCGCAGCCCAGCUGAACAAGCAUGAAAUUUACUCCCUUCUCAUCGGAAGGUUGACAGCAUGCUUGGAUCGGCAUAGGAAGAGUGGAGCGCCAUUUUGA